AUGGAUUGUUAUGAAGCAGAUAAGGUGCAGUUUGGUACACAUAUGUUAGCUAAGAAAGCUGAUGACUGGUGGAUCAACACUCGUCAGGUGUUGGGUGCUACAUUUAAAGUUGUAACUUGGGUUGUGUUCCACAGGAUUUUUUUGAGAAAGUACUUUCCUAAGGAUGUUCGUGGGAAGAAAGAGAUUGAGUUUCUGGAGCUGAAGCAGAGUAACUUGUCGGUUACUGAGUAUGCUACCAAAUUUGUGGAACUUACUAAGUUUUACCCUCAUUAUAGUGAGGUGACUGCUGAGUUCUCGAAGUGUAUCAAAUUUGAUAAUGGUUUGCGUCCUGAAAUUAAGCAGGCGAUUGGAUACUAA